AUGGAAAGAGAGGCCGAUAACGCCACAACUCACACCCGUGAUGCCUUGGCUUCUACUUACCUCACCAGAGCAGAAGGAACCUUAAUUCUCAAGUCUCCUGCCUUAAACUUGAGCCGAAAGACUGAUCAGGAUGGCGAAAUCAGUGUCUUUGGCGCUGAAAGAUAUUUCAGCAUGAUGCUGGAAGAUGAUAGUCCAAGAGUACUUGUGGACUAUAACAACACAAGCAGCGCUGGUCUGCAGCGAAAGAAGCAAGCAAACAGUAGCAGGCCAGGAACUCCUAGUACUUAUUCUGAUGCAAGUUGGAACAGUCAAUCCACUUAUUUGCCUUCUUGCAGAAGAAACCAAUCUCCAAAGAAGAAGAAAAUGGUGAAUGGAAAGAAGAUAUUUUCCGGUUUUGGCUGCAAUGGUUCCUGUUCAGAUCAGAAAUCCAUUCAUGUUCAUGAGGUUAAUCUUCGUGUUGCUAGGGAUUUCAGGAAACAAAGUUGUGGAAUGUAUCACCAUCCUGUCAAGCAGUCUCAACCAAGAAUUAAGGCCAAAGAGCACCAGCUUCUUCACCACUACCCUAGCUUUGGAGGAUCAAACAAAGAACAACAUUCUGCAUUUGCAAAUUUUGGAGCUAAAGAAGAGAAGAAGGCAAAACAACAAGAAGAAGAACAGCCACGAAAAUCACUCCAAGUACUGUUUGGAUCCGAAACCAUGAAGAAGGGAGAAGACAUAGUGGCAAUAAAUCUAGAGAGGAGACUUUCCAUGUUAUCUUGGGAGGCCAUUCCAAAAGCUCAAAGCCACUCCAUUACUUCCGGAAAUAAUGAAAUGAUCAAUGAAGACAAUGAGAGUGAUGCUAGUUCUGAUUUAUUUGAGAUUGAGAACUUAACUGGCACCAGUCAGCCAUUGAUGUUCACAAAGCAAGCAUCUGAUGAAUUGUCCAUGGCUUCCCCUACCAAGCAUGCGUCAAGUGAGGCCAGCAUUGACUGUAGUGUUGUCACAGCUAAUGUUGUCUCAGCUGCAGUUUCAGAUUACGCUGAGAAGAAACUAAACCCUGCAACCAAACUGCAACAUCAAUGCUUGGAAUCUUCAAUGGAAUUAGGGAAAUUUACAAUCUGA